GAGCUAUGUCAUUUGGAAGUAUCUCAUGGGAAACACAUACCACUUUAGCUAUUGCAAUGAAUAGGAUUGGUGGUAAAUCGAAUACUGGAGAAGGUGGAGAAAAGCCUGAGCGAUAUAAGGAUGGUCAACCUCAUGAUUAUAAUAUGCGUUCUGCAAUCAAACAAGUAGCUUCAGCUCGUUUCGGAGUUAAUAGUGCUUAUCUUGCCAAUGCAGAUGAUCUGCAAAUCAAAAUAGCUCAAGGUGCAAAGCCAGGUGAAGGCGGUGAGCUUCCAGGUCAUAAAGUGACGGUCGAAAUCGCUGAAACGAGAAAAUCAACACCUGGCGUUGGUCUAAUAUCACCGCCACCACAUCAUGAUAUAUAUAGUAUUGAAGACCUCUCUCAGUUGAUCUACGAUCUUAGACAUUCUAAUCCUAACGCGCGGAUUAGUGUUAAAUUAGUUUCGGAAGCUGGAGUGGGCAUCGUAGCCUCUGGUGUCGUUAAAGGUAAAGCUGAUCAUAUAACGAUAUCGGGACACGAUGGUGGAACAGGAGCUUCGAGUUGGACUGGAAUAAAACAUGCUGGCUUGCCAUGGGAAUUAGGUAUCGCUGAAACGCAUCAAGUUUUAACGAUGAAUAAUUUGCGAUCUCGAGUUAUUCUUCAAGUUGAUGGCCAAAUUCGAACAGGUCGUGAUGUAAUGGUCGCUGCAUUACUUGGAAGUGAUGAAUUUGGUAUGUCAACAGCGCCACUAAUAGCACUCGGUUGUACGAUGAUGCGAAAAUGUCAUUUAAAUACAUGUCCGGUGGGAAUAGCGACACAAGAUCCCGUUUUACGAGCGAAAUUUUCCGGAAAGCCGGAAUAUGUUGUUAAUUAUAUGUUUAUGGUUGCAGAAGAAGUUCGUUAUUUUUUAGCAAAACUUGGCUUACGGACAUUACAAGAAGCAAUUGGUCGCGUUGACUUACUUUAUGCAAAUCCAAAUCCAAUCAACAAAAAAUCAACGAAACUGCAAUUCGCUAAUCUUCUUCGGAAUGCCAAAAAAAUGUAUCCAAAUCAUAGUAUAGAAGGAGGCACUGUUAAACAGAUAAUUGAAUUAAAUCAAUUGGAAAAAGAAAUUAUUGCAAAAGCUGAGAAGGUUCUUAAUCAAGAGAUUGAAAAAAUUGAUGUAAUUGGUUUUACAAUUAAAAAUGUUGAUCGUGCAUUUGGUACUCGACUUAGUUAUAUGGUUUCACAUAAAUUUGGUGAACAAGGAUUGCCUAAUGGUCGCUCGAUUAGAAUCGAGCUCAAAGGUCAUGCUGGUCAAAGUUUUGGUGCUUUUCUAGCUCAUGGAAUAUCUCUUUAUUUGGAAGGUGAUGCAAAUGAUUACGUUGGCAAGGGUCUUUCGGGUGGAAAAUUAGUUAUUUAUCCUCCACGCUCAGCAAAAUUUAAAUCGGAAGAUAAUGCUAUAAUAGGAAAUGUAGCUUUGUAUGGAGCAACAUCUGGUGUAGCGUAUAUUCGCGGUUUGGGUGGUGAACGUUUUGCGGUGCGGAAUUCUGGUGCAUUAGCUGUUAUAGAAGGAGUUGGUGAUCAUGGAUGUGAAUAUAUGACUGGUGGAUAUGUUAUUAUUCUUGGAAGUAUUGGUAAAAAUUUUGCAGCAGCUAUGUCAGGUGGUUUAGCAUAUGUUUAUAAUGGAGAUGACAAGGCAGAUAAAAUGAUGAAUACUGGUACUAUCGAUUUAGAUGAGCCAACUGCUAAAGAUUUUUCUUGGCUAAAAGAGCAAAUUAAGAUAUUUGUUCGUGAAACAGGUUCUGUACUUGGCAAGAAUAUAUUGGAUCAUUGGCAAAGCGAACAUAUGAAAUUUAUUAAAGUGUUUCCGAAAGAUUAUAAAGCUGUUCUAAGUGAACAAGCGAUUGAAAAAGCUCGUGAAGUGGAAUCAAAGCAACUGGAAAAACAACGCGAAUCAGCUCAGAGCUUAGCACUUGCUAAGGAUGAAGAAGAUAAUGUUGUUGAUGAUCAGUCAAUUAUUCCUCGCGCUCGCUCGUUAUCAAUGGAUAUGCAAAUUUCAAUUGAACCAAUUCGUCGUAAGAAAAACCAACAUCGUAGACGAAAAAUUUCGAAAAAUGUUCGACGUGAAGACUACGAAGGAUUUGAAGAAGAGGAAGACGUGCAAGAUGCAAUAGAAGCAUUGAAUGAUGUUGACGAUGAUGAUAAAUCAGAUGCAGCUUAUUCAGAUUUCGAUGAUACAUUCAUCGAGAAAGAUUCAGUAAAUGAUAUCGAAAAUUUAUAUCUUCCAAAAUCGUUCAAAAAACCAGAAUCAUUAGAUAAACUAAGAGGUUUUGUCAAAUAUCGUCGUCAAAAAGUGAUAUAUCGACCAGUUGAUCAGCGUCUUAAUGAUUGGAAUGAGAUUACGGAUUAUAAUGCUGUCAGAUCGAAUAUUCGAAAACAAGCUGCACGAUGUAUGGAUUGUGGCGUAGCAUUUUGUCAGGGAUAUUCAGGUUGUCCACUCGGUAAUAUCAUUCCUAAAUGGUGUGAUUAUGUUUAUCGAAAAAACUGGCGGCAAGCGCUCGAACAUCUCUUACAAACCAAUAAUUUUCCGGAAUUUACGGGACGAGUCUGCCCAGCUCCUUGUGAAGCUGCAUGUUGUUUAGCGAUUAGUUCACCAGCUGUCACUAUCAAGAAUAUUGAAUGUGCGAUAAUUGAUUAUGCAUUCCUGGAAGGUUGGAUAGUUGCACAAAAACCUACCGUCUGUACUGGAAAAAGAGUUGCUAUUAUUGGUAGUGGGCCAGCUGGUAUGGCAGCCGCGGCUCAGCUUAAUAAAGUCGGACAUACUGUUGUAGUAUAUGAACGAAAAAAUCGAAUUGGUGGUCUCCUUAGAUAUGGCAUUCCAACAAUGAAACUCGACAAAGUGGUAAUUGAUCGUCGAGUAAAAUUAAUGGAGGAAGAAGGCGUGAAAUUUUUAACAAAUACUGAGAUUGGAAAAGACGUUAGUGCUGAAUUGCUGAUUAAGGAGAAUGAUGCAGUGUUGAUUUGUACUGGUUCAACGAUUCCACGAGAUUUACCAAUUGAAAAUCGAGAUGCGAAAGGUAUUUGUUUCGCAAUGGAUUUUCUCGAGAAAAGUCAAAGACGACUCGCGGGCGAUAACAUUUCUUGGGAGGGUCUUGAUGCUAAAGAUAAACGAGUUAUCAUUUUGGGUGGUGGUGAUACUGCAACGGAUUGUAUUGCUACAUGCAUACGAUUAGGAGCCAAAAGCAUUAAUGCCUUCGAAUUAAUGUCUCGUCCUCCAAAUGAACGAGCGUCAAAUAAUCCGUGGCCGGAAUGGCCUACAAUAUUUAGAACUGAUUAUGGGCAUGAUGAAUAUCAGAAAAAAGCUGGAAUAGAAGUUCGUUUCCAGUUCGUAAAUAAAGAAAGACGAAUGAUUGAGAUUGAUGGCACCGAAAAAACUUAUCAGUGUGAUCUAUGUAUACUUGCUAUGGGCUUCGUUGGACCAGAAAAGAUGGUAAUCGACCAGCUGAAUUUGGUGACCGAUGAGCGUUGGAAUAUUCAAACCAAUGACAAAUAUAAUACCAAAUUAAAAAAUGUUUUUGCCGCUGGCGAUUGUCGUCGUGGACAAUCGUUAGUUGUUUGGGCUAUCCACGAAGGUCGGCAGGCAGCUCGUCAUGUUGACAAUUAUUUGGAGGGAAAAACAACUCUUGCAGGGCCAGGCGGAGUUGUUUUAGCACCGAUUAAUCGCUAA